AUGUCAAAGCACGUUGGCAUCAUUGGCGCUGGCCUGUCCGGCCUCCGCUGCGCCGAUAUCCUCAUUCAAAACGGGGCCCGAGUAACAAUCCUAGAAGCAAGAGAUCGCAUUGGCGGCAGGGUGCACCGAUCAUCGGUUGGGAACCAUGUGGUGGAUCUAGGUCCCAAUUGGAUACAUGGCGCCGGAGAAAAUCCUAUCAUGAACAUCGCGGAAGCGACGGGCACGACUAUGUUUGACCCCGAGGGUGGUCAACAUGUUGCGUUUGCCCCGGAUGGCCAGCCUAUUCAUGACGAUAUCAAUUCCAAAGUCCAGGACUUUGUGUGGACGACCAUCUCAGAGGCGUUUGAAUACAGUAAUCGUCAUGGAAACAGUAUUCCCGCUGAAAAGAGUCUGCUUGACUUUUUCCGAGAGCGAGUUCAACAAACAGACUUCUCGACUGAAGAGAAGAACCUCUGCCUGGAUGCUUGUAAGCUCUGGGGCACCUAUGUCGGCGACCAGGUCGACAGGCAAAGUUUGAGAUUCUUCCGCUUGGAAGAAUGCGUUGAUGGAAGCAACUUCGUCGUAGCAUCCACAUACAAGCGCAUCCUAGAACACAUUUCCAAGACAGCCAGCGCAAAAGCCAACAUCCAACUCAACGAGCCAGUCACAAGCAUCAACGCCCCUCCUCGCACACCAAACCAACACCACCAAAUCACCGUAACAACCACCGCAACAACCUACAACUUCGACGAAGUAGUAGUAACCUGCCCACUAGGCUGGCUGAAACAAAACACCACCGCAUUCUCUCCAGCCCUCCCACCACGUCUCCUGUCAGCAAUCACCAACAUCUCAUACGGCAGAUUGGAAAAAGUCUACGUGACCUUCCCCCGCGCCUUCUGGCACAAUGUGCCAACAUCCACUUCCACUUCCACUUCCACUUCAACCCAGACCUCAACUUCAACCGUCUUCGCCCAAUUCCUCGAACCAACCUACGCCCCUCACCCACCGCACAUAGAAUGGACCCAAGAAUGUCUCUCCUUCGCAGCCCUACCAUCCCCACACGCCCAUCCAACCCUCCUCUUCUACACAUACGGCGAAAGCGGCGCUGAAAUCAUCAAUUCAAUCCACCAUCUAUCCGCCGACUCGCCAGAAUAUAAGAAUAUUCUAACGAAGACGCUGCAGCCAUUCUACGCGCGACUACCGGGGUACGACGCUGAGUCCGCGGACUGUGUGCCGACGGCGUUUCUGGCGACGCAGUGGCAGAAAGAUGAGUAUGCGGGGAAUGGGUCUUACUGUAAUUUCCAGGCUGGGGUUGUGGAGGCGGAUAGGGAUAUUGAGGUUUUGAGGGAUGGGGAUGGGAUUGGGUUGUUGAGGGGUUUGUGGUUUGCUGGUGAGCAUACGGCGCCCUUUGAAGCGUUGGGGACGACUACGGGGGCGUAUUGGAGUGGGGAGAGGGUUGCGAGGUUGAUUUGUAGGGAUGGGCGGGAUGAUUCUUUUGCCCUCUGGGGGUCUGUGAGGGGUCUUAUUCUCCUUGCUUGA